GGUUGGCUGCGGCGCGGGGCGGCGGCGCCGCCGGACCUCGGCCGGAGGAGGGACCGGGGCCGCACGGCCGUGCCUACCACUGCCCAGCUGCCCGAGGCUUUACCAUGCUCCGAGCCUUUAGUCACACAAAUGGUAGGUGUGUGUUUCACCACGCUAAGCGCUGGCAUCACCGUAAGUCUGUGCUGGCCAUCAGGAGGGAAGAUGUCAGUGCGUGGGAGAGAAGAGCACCUCUAGCACCAAAGCAUGUUAAGGAGUUGACAAAGAUGGGAUACAAGGUCUUGGUGCAGCCGUCAAACCGGAGAGCCAUCCAUGAAAAGGAGUACGUCAAAGCAGGUGCCAUUAUUCAAGAAGAUAUUUCCGAGGCUUCACUGAUAAUAGGUGUGAAGAGACCUCCAGAGGACAAAUUAAUCCCUAAAAAGAACUAUGCCUUCUUCUCUCACACUAUCAAAGCCCAAGAGGCAAACAUGCCCCUUUUGGAUGAGAUUUUAAGACAGGAAAUUCGACUGUUUGACUAUGAAAAAAUGGUUGAUCAAAAAGGAAUGCGAGUUGUGGCCUUUGGAAAGUGGGCUGGUGUAGCAGGAAUGAUCAACAUUCUGCAUGGAUUGGGUUUGCGAUUUUUAGCUCUGGGUCAUCACACUCCCUUCAUGCACAUUGGGAUGGCACAUAACUACAGGAAUAGCAGUCAGGCCGUGCAGGCAGUACGGGAUGCCGGGUAUGAAAUUUCACUGGGACUGAUGCCAAAGUCAUUGGGGCCCUUAACAUUUGUGUUUACGGGCACUGGUAAUGUUUCUAAGGGUGCUCAAGAAAUGUUCAGUGCUCUCCCAUGCGAGUUUGUGGAACCACAUGAGUUAAAGGAAGUUUUCAGAUCUGGAGAUCUCAGGAAGGUCUAUGGAACAGUGCUAAGUCGUCACCAUCAUCUUGUGAGGAAACGUGAUGGACUAUAUGAUCCAGUAGACUAUGAUAAACAUCCAGAAAAUUACGUUUCUCGCUUUCACAUUGAUAUUGCACCCUACACAACUUGUUUAAUUAAUGGCAUAUACUGGGAACAGAAUAGUCCUCGCUUGCUGAGUCGACAGGACGCUCAGAAGCUGCUGGUGCCAGUUAAAUCUGCUACUGGUGCAAUGGAUGGCUGUCCUGAAUUACCACACAGACUUCUGGCCAUAUGUGACAUUUCAGCAGAUACUGGAGGAUCUAUAGAAUUUAUGACUGAGUGUACCACAAUUGACAACCCAUUUUGUAUGUAUGAUGCUGACCAGCAUAUUACUCACGACAGUGUUGAAGGCUCAGGGAUUCUGAUGUGUUCCAUUGACAAUCUGCCAGCUCAGCUUCCUAUAGAAGCAACAGAGUACUUUGGGGAUAUGCUUUUCCCUUAUAUUGAAGAGAUGCUGCUAUCAGAAGGCUCAGAACCUUUUGAAAAACAGAAUUACUCACCUGUUGUUCGAGAUGCAGUGAUUGCAUCCAAUGGCUCACUGACACCUAAGUAUCAAUAUAUCCAGAAACUGAGAGAGAGCAGGGAACAGGCUCAGUCACUGAAGAUGAGUGAUGAGAAGAGGGUUCUAUUGCUUGGAUCUGGCUAUGUUUCUGGCCCUGUGCUUGAAUAUCUCACUAGAGACUCCAACAUUGGCAUCACAGUUGUAUCUAUCAUGAAGGACCAACUUGAGCAACUGACAAAGAAGUACAGAAAUGUUACUCCAGUUCAUAUGGAUGUCCUUAAGCAUGAGGAAAAGCUGUCCUCUUUGGUGAAAAACCAUGACCUUGUGAUCAGUUUGCUGCCUUAUUCAGCACAUCCUUUUGUUGCUAAGAAAUGUAUUGACAACAAAGUGAACUUGGUAACAGCCAGCUACUUAACACCAGCCAUGAAAGAACUUCAGGAGAGUGUAGAAGCUGCUGGCAUUACAGUUGUCAGUGAAAUGGGCUUGGAUCCUGGUCUUGAUCACAUGUUGGCGAAGGAAUGUAUUGACAAGGCGAAAGAAGUUGGUGCUACGGUUAUAUCGUACACUUCUUUCUGCGGUGGCCUACCAGCUCCAGAGCACUCUGACAAUCCUCUGAGGUACAAGUUCAGCUGGAGUCCACAAGGAGUGUUGCUGAAUACAGUUCAGUCUGCUACGUAUUUAAAAGAUGGAGAGAUUAUCAAUAUUCCACCUGGAGGAGCAUUACUGGAUUCCGUUACUCCAAUGGAUUUUUUCCCAGGAUUAAACCUUGAAGGAUUUCCUAACAGAGACAGUACAAAAUAUGCUGAGCCAUAUGGUAUUCAGACAGCUCGUACUUUAUUGAGAGGCACCUUAAGAUACAAAGGAUACUCCAGAACCAUGGGGGGCUUUGUAAAACUAGGAUUAAUUAACCCAGAUCCUUAUCCUUUGCUAAGCUCAACUAUGCCAUCUCUAACCUGGAAAGAGCUCAUGUGCAAACUGGUUGGAAUUAAGUCACCUGCUGAGCACCAUGUUCUUAAAGAAGCUGUAUUUAGCAAACUGGAGAAGGACAAAAGUCAGCUGGAAGCUGUGGAAUGGUUAGGUUUAUUGGGAGAUGAACCAGUUCCAGCAGCAGAUUCCAUUGUAGGGGCUCUUGCAAAGCACAUGGAGAUGAAGCUGCCCUUUGGCACUGGAGAGAGAGAUAUGAUUGUUAUGAGAAGUGAAAUAGGUCUCAGGCAUCCUUCUGGCCAUUUGGAAGACAAAUUUAUUGAUCUGGUUGUCUAUGGGGAUAACAAAGGAUAUUCUGCAAUGGCUAAAACAGUAGGAUACCCCACAGCUAUUGCUGCUAAAAUGGUUCUAGAUGGUGAAAUAAGUGCCAAAGGCAUGGUCAUACCUUUGACAAAGAAUGUUUACGGGCCAAUACUUGAACGUGUUCAGGCAGAAGGCAUUAUGUACAGUACUCGCAGCAUUAUCAAGCAGUAACUGAUAGCAGUUGAUUUAAUCAGGUUUUGGCUUUUGUUUUGGUUCCCCUACCUCCCCUUUUAGAAUCUCAGUUUGGACCAGCUAAAGGCAGCACUUGCUAUUUCAUAGGCAAAUGUUGCCUUCCGUAAAACCCUCCACCAGGCUUGAUGUAGAAACUGUUGAUACUCACAGAUUGUGAUAUUUUCCUCUUAAAAUUGGUAAGCUUUCAUGUACAUGUUUCAGCAUCAAUCAGAUCUUUCCUUGUAUCGUUUCUAAAAUAUCUCAGAAGGUUUUUGUUUUCUGUUAUUAGAGUUUAUCUUCUAAGUAUAUAGGGGGUUAUUAUUGUGACAAAUUUAAGCUGAAAGAAAAAUCUAUUAGUGGAUUAUUUUGUGGUGGAAAAGUCUGGGUAAUGAACUCCACUGAUGAAGUUUAAUUUUUCAUGCAGUAAAAAUUAUUUUUCAGAAAAAUGGAGAUGAACAUUAUACUUAAAUUUUAAGUCUGGUUGUCCCUUUCACUUUAGCAGUAUUCAUGAAUGUUUUCACAAUAACAAUAUGAAAAAAUAGUUUAGAAAUUCUGCACUACCAAAAAUAGUUUAGAACUUCUGCACUAUUCUACACUAAAUUCUGCAAAUAAGAUUCUGUUAAAUCUUGAAAAUCUUCAGUUCUUAAAUAUUUGAAACCUAGAUCUUACUAUUUUUGAUCACUUUAUAAUGAAUGUAAAUUUAAAUUAAUUGGAGGAGGAAGAAAAUUUAAAGCAGGCUUCCCCUCAUACCCUUUCUUGUUAAAGAGUGGAAGCUGGUUGCAAUAUAUUGAAAUACCUGCUGUUACGUGUUGCCUUGUGCUGUGGAGAGAGCACAUUAACAUUUAGCUCUGCAGCUACGAAGGGCAAUCUGAAAUACAACACAGUUCAUGUGCUUAGAAGAUGCUCCAAAUGACAUGUUUACUCUUCCCACUUACACUGCCUGCCUCAUCCAAGUUAAGCACUGUUACAAAGGGAAUACGUUGUGUAGUGUAUGCAGCUUUGAAAUGCACUAUGUUUAGAGGUUUAAACUGCCACUUUUUGAGUUACCUUCCCUUCUGCUAGCAUGGUCUUGAAGUGUUCACUUGGGAACCUAUGCCUGCUACUCAGUACCGUGUCACUUUAGCCUGAUGGUGUGUGCCAGCUCAUUUGCUGCUGAGUGCUGUGCUGUCAGAUGUGUCAGCCCUGCUCUAGCUGCAGUUUAGCCACAUCAGUCCAUGAAGGAACUUUAGCCCAAGUGCAGCUUCUCUGGGUAACAUAGUACCAAUUGCAUCCUUUCGUUUCAGGGCUGCUUCUCUGGCUUUUGCUUAGGGAUUUCUACACCACCUUGCAACUCUCAGUUCACCAGUCAGGUCUGUGAGGUGUAAUGCUGUGGGCAGGUUGUAUUUGCACUGGUACCUGUGCACCUAGAGCUUCCCUUUUCUAAAGCUGAAUACUGAUGCAGGAAGCUGUUUGCUUUCAGCUUUGCUCACAAACGCACUUUGCUGCUAAACGCCUUUUCCUUCCUGAGAGCCAGUGCUGUAAUCACAGUUCUGAGAGGCUGGAAUUCCAGGUGUUGUUUUGCAUUGUAGCAAAAGCAGCCAUAACAAUAAUUCAAGUUUUGAUCUUCAGGUUUUGCUCUCAGGAUCUGGGUUUUCUCUGUGCAGAUGCAAUGAAGUAGCAGCUGCUAGGGAGUUAGGUGAUAGGAGCCAAAGGGAGAAGGGAGAAUAAAGGGCAGGUGUUACUGUGAAAGAGAAGGACUUUUUCUACUGAACCAAUGCUUUUGUAAUGUAAUGUCAAAUUUGGAUUCUGUUACAGUUCCAUGCGUAUAUCACCCAAAAUCCUGUCUCCACCAAGUUCUUUUGCUUCCCACUGACCUUACAGGCUGUUGGUGUGUUGUCUGGCUGGUAGAUGCAGCUGGGGUAAGGAUGGAGCCUGCAAUGUUCUGGUCUCUGCUGCCUCCUCCUUCUCCAGGUAGAUUAAUGGCCUACAACUAAGGGUUAAGUUUUACUUGUACCUGCUGGUCCCUUCCAGUCCAGUGCUUGGUGUGAUAAUUGAGAAUUCAAAUACCCAACCAAAAUGUUGUUCCUCAUAUGUUGUUCCUCAAAUGUUGUUGUAUAUAUGCAAGCACCAUACUUGCUUUUCUGCCUUGGAAAUGCAGUAUGGGGUGAAAAUCAGAUUUGUUUACAAAUAUUUAAUAUUUUUGGAGCACUAAAGAAUGACAACUGCAGUGUUUUCAUCAAGAAACCCUGCUACUAUUUUUGAAACAUUUUAUAUUGGAAUAUAUUUCUAAUUCCCAGUGCAAUGCUGCAUUUUGUUUUCUAUGUUUAGACUCAAAUGAAUUUACUGCUCAGCUUUUUGUAUGAAGAUUAUACUUCUCAGUUCUCUUUGCAUAUUACUGGAAAGAAAAUUGUAUCUUAUACAUGAGAUUGCUUGAAAAAUAAAUCUGAACUUCUCUGU